GUUGCCGGUGCCGGGUCUUAAGGAACCCUUUUCCUCAUUACUGCAACGUGUGUUUUCUACAACCAAAGACUUGUGAUUCAGUUGGUGUGCAAUGGGUCGCCGCAAGUCCAAAAGAAAGCCUCCUCCUAAGAAGAAGAUGACAGGGGAUCUGGAAAGUCAGUUCACCUGUCCGUUCUGCAACCACGAGAAGUCAUGUGACGUAAAAAUGGAGAGGAGCAGAAAUACGGGGAUAAUAUCAUGCACAGUCUGCUUGGAGGAGUUCCAGACCCCCAUCACCUAUCUGUCGGAGCCAGUUGAUGUGUACAGUGAUUGGAUAGAUGCAUGUGAAGCAGCCAAUCAGUAGCCCUCAUGUAGUUGGAUGCCUCUCAGGAACGGGAUGAGGAUGUGGCUGGUGGGUCUGGGCCCAUUAGGAUCAAACUGGUCGGAGGUUUCCGAAUCAUUUAUUAUUCACAGGUUUCUGUAUGGUCACUUGAAAUUUACACCUGUGUGAAUCAUCACAAACAGGCUCUGAAUUGUUCUUUUCGAGUUCUCCCCUUUGUGAGUAAAGUUUCCACCCACAACUGUAGUCUUUACUCUUGAGAUUUAUUUCAUUAUUUGUUACUUGCAGUGUAUCCUAAUUUAUCCUCACACAUUGAGCAGGCCUUUCUGUUUUUGAUUAUUUAGGAUGGAUUUCAAAGAACCUUUGGAUACGGUGUAGACAAGCCUUUAAAUAAUAGUUGAUGUUGAAGAUUGCAAAAUAAUAUCCUGUUUUUUAUUUUGUUUUUAAUUUUGGUUUCUUAUGUUUUGUUCACUGGGCAAAUGUAAUUGUAAUUGUGAUCUCUGCAUUUUAAUAUGAAACCAGAAACAUUAAUUUACAGAAACUCAUUCUCUAUCAUACAGUGUCUGACACUAGCAACACAAUGUAGUUAGAGAGGAAAAUUUUCAGGCGGACUCCACUAUAAGUCUUUUCAAAGUCUAGGUGGGAGUAAACUUCUUGAUUUUUAAUUUGAAUACAGUUUAGACCAACAGAAACUCAGUGAUGGAUUUGUUUUAGCAUCUCACCUAAACACAGCAUAGUUCAUAGUUGAAAUAUGUAUAUUCCUCAUCCUCAGUCCUAAGGUAGCAUUGAUGUUCUGGGUUUUGUUCACAGUCAUAACUAUCCACAGAUAUUCUUAUCCUCAUGGAGACAGUUGUGUCACAGCAUUAGGUCAUUCCACUGGAGAGAGGAACGGAAAUCUGUAAGAUUUAUGCUUUGCUGCUAAGUUCACAAGUUUUGAAUUGUUCUUAAUCCAUUCAGCUUUUCAGGUGAUCGUAUAGUUUUAGCUUACAUGUUUAAGAAAUAAAAACAAAUCAAAAAGUACAAAGAUCUUUGUUAUUAAGCGCAUGUGUACAAAAUAUUGUACUCUUAUCCUGGAAUUGAGCUGUAAUACUGAUAUUUUCCUAUGCAAUGGCCGAAAAGAAGAAUAAAACUGAUUUUUAAAUACAACGAAUUUGAAAAGUGUGAUCUUGGAAAUAAAGGAGCAAUAAGACUUGA